ACAAGUCUUUUUGUCUUCUUCCCUCGGCACUCAGGGCUCCCACUCUCCUCCCUGCCACUAGGAAGCUACCGCCAGCCAUUCCCAUGAGAACCUUGGGCGCCGUUGCGAUUCUGGGGCUCCUGGCCGGGGCCUGGGCGCAGGUCCUCCCUAAUAUCCGGCGGCCACCCUGCGACUCCCCCGAGGUUGAGCAGGCUGCGCUGAUCGCCCAGGACUACAUCAACUCCCACCAUAAACAUGGCUACAAGUUCAUCCUCAACCAGAUUGAUGAGAUCAAGAUCAUCGAGAAGCCUGAUGGUGGAGAGACCUACCUCAUGGAAGUGGACCUGCUUGAGACCACCUGCCACGUCCUAGAUCCAACCCCACUAGCCAACUGUUCUGUCAGAGAAAAGCACUUAAUGCACGUCGAUUCCGACUGUGACGUGGCUCUGACAAAAGAGAAGGACGUGCUGACUGUCAAGGCCUACAAGUGCAAGACCAAGCCAGACUCGCGGGAACAAAUGUGUCUCGGCUGCAUCGACAUGGUGCACCUCAACCACACUGAGGGUCUGGAUUUGGUCACUGAAUCCCUGAUCGCCUACAACACCAAAUCGUCGGACAACCCAGACCAAGCCCGCUUUGCUCUGCUGGAGGUCACCAGACUCUCCGCCCAGGUUGUAGGCGGUGGACACAGGUACUUUGCUGAAUUUGCCAUUGUGGAGACCAACUGCACGGUGAACGAGAAGGAGAGCUGUGUCUUCCUCAACCACACCGUGGCUCGCCACGGUUUCUGUGUCGCUAAGACCGUCGGCAAUGACGUCGACGUUGACUGCAAUAUCUUCGAGAAUGUGCCAAACGCUCCCCACCACCUGCACCAUCAUGAGCACCACCACCUUCAUCACCAUCAGCACGGCCCACACGGCGUCAGACACCACCAUCUGAAGCAGCACCAUGACCCCGACGCCACUGGUCUGCUGUCCGAGUCCAAGGAGUCUGCCGAAGUUCCCAAGGUGAAGCGCGAGACCGUAGGGAUUCCCCAAGCGCCCACACAUGCCCCUGUGGGUCCCGUGGAAGCAUUGGUGCCUCACUGCCCUGGAAAGGUCAAGUUUUACUGACACAUCCCCUCAGUGGAGCCUCCCCCACCCCCCCCUUCCCUUCCCUUCCCUUCCCUUCCCUUCCCUUCCCCCACCACCACCUCCACCUCCACCACCUCUGAUCUUCAAUCCGGUUUUAGCUAAUAAUCUCAGAAUUUAAUGGAGACGUAUCCUCAGAAAGAGUUGAUGAGCCAACAGCCCCCCCCACCCCCUCACGGAGGUAGAGUCCACCACGAUGAAGAUCAUGAUGAA